AUGAAGAACGCCGACAUGCCACAGGAGAUGCAGGACGACGCGAUAGAAUUGGCGCAGCAGGCCAUCGACAAGUUUCGAUUGGAAAAGGAAAUGGCCGCGUUCAUCAAAGCCGAAUUCGAUAAGCGGCACUACCCGUCAUGGCAGGUCGUUGUCGGCAGCAAUUUCGGCUCAUACGUCACGCACGAGACCAACCGCUUCAUCUACUUUUACAUUGCCCAUAUCGCGUUCAUGUUGUACAAAACCGGGAUC